AUGUUAUUUCAUUUGAAAACAUAUCUGUAUAGUUCAAUAAAACAUAUUGUUGAACAAUAUGGAACCAAACAAUAUCGUUUACUACAUAUAUUCGAAAUAAUAUCCUAUAUUUAUUGGUUAAUACGUUUAUUAUUAAUAUUUUUAAUGUAUUUAGAUCCGGAAACAUUUCCAUUCUAUCAAACAAUGGAUUAUGCAUCCGCAUAUAUUUAUCGUUAUCGUACAUUAUUAAAUAAAUUUUUUUUCAUUAUCGGUAUUAUGAUGGUAUUGAUUUCAAUACUGGGAAUACGAACAUUUUUCUUUCACCGUGUGGAUACAUUAAGUUUUCAAAUUUUAUAUGAUUGUAUUGUUUAUAAUAAUGAUCAAUAUUAUAAAAGUUUAGAUACAAAAGAAAAUAUUCAAAUUAAAUUAUCAACACGUUAUAAUCAUUAUCGACAACAAUUUCAAAAAAAUUAUCAAUAUUUAUCAAUAAUAAAUCCAUUGGUUGAUCGUUUAAUUUGGAUACGUGUUUGGUUUGAUUCAUGGUUACAAUUAGAUCAUGUUGAUAAGAAAUUAUUUAUAGAACAAAAUAAAAUGCAAUUAUUUUCACAUUCAUCAUUAAAAGGUCGUACACAAAUUUUAUUAUUGAAUAUUUUUGCUGAUAAACUUAUCUAUUUGAUUCAUAUUAUAUUUGGUAAAAUUAAAUAA